AUGGCCGCUGAUCUAUCCAACACCGCCGCACGCCCCGGCUCAUCUUCUGUUUCUCCUCCAGCUCCGCCCCAGAGAACUUCCUCACAGUCCAGCCUCACCAAGUCCUCGUCGCACAUCUCCACUCACCGCCACAGCUUCGCCGAGAACUUGCGAAACGCGCCUGGCUCCCCGCGCUCUCAGCGCCAUCCGUCCUUCGCCCAAACCGCCGUCCAAGAGCUCCUGAACAACCCGCCUCCUGCACAUAAGCAUUCAAAUCCUCGCUUUGCCGGUCGAGAUUGGCGGGACAUCUCUGUCAACGAGCUCGUCUCCCACGAAGAUGUGAGAUGGGCCAACCUCGACACUAGCGUUGAGGAUGCAUCCAUGCUCCUCGUCAAACAAAGCCCCGCCAACGUCGUCCUCGUCCGGGAAAACGCUCAGUCCCGAACCGCCAUCUCCAGUUUCGACUACACUGACCUUACUACGUACCUCCUUGUGGUCGUGGGUCUUGCGAAUCCCGACGAGGAUGAGAUGCCCCUCUACAGGGACAUAGCCACAAAGGCGCAGAACGGGACUCGCAUUACCCUAGAAGACAUUCAACCUAUAUGCAAGAAAGAAACCCUGGUCGUGCUUCCUUUCGACGAGACUCUAGACGCGGCUAUCGAAGUUUUCGGUGGUGGCGUACACCGAGUCGUGGUUUGCGGCCCGUCCGGCGACGCCGUGGGCAUUCUGAGCCAGCUCAAGUUGAUCGAGUUCUUUUGGAACGAGGGUAUCAACUUCCCCGUUAUUGACCGGCUCUACCCCGUCAGCUUGCGUGAAUUGGGGAUCAGUACGCAACAGAUCAUUGCCGUCAAUUCCGACACCCCGCUAGCCGAAGCCCUGACUCUGAUGAACACCGAAUGCUUGACGAGUGUGGCCGUCGUCGACAAUGCCAAGAACGUCGUCGGCAACAUCUCUACAGUUGACGUCAAGCAUCUCACCAACGCCGCCAGCGCCCCCCUCCUCAACUCGAACUGCAUGCACUUCAUCUCCCUAAUCCUCAGCGAAAGGGGUGUCGAACAUGGCCGCGAUUCCUUCCCCGUCUUCUACGUGAACCCUUCCUCGACAUUAGCUCACACGGUCGCAAAGCUGGUGGCCACGCAAGCCCACCGCAUGUGGGUGGUGGAAUCGGCGUCGCCAUCCCCAUCCUCACCGGCGACUCCGCUCUUAUCCCCCGUCAACAACGCCGUUUUGGUCCCCGGCACUGGAUCGACGCCGCCGUCGCCGGUCCCUCUUCAGGGCACAGCGACUCAGCACAACCCCCCCGCCUCCGCGCUGCCGGGGGCGCAUCUAUCCGGCCGCCUGACUGGCGUGGUUUCCUUGACGGAUAUCCUCAACCUGUUUGCCAGAUCGUCUGGCCUGCGUCCAUCGGAUCCAGGCGAGCAACGGGCCCGAAGGCGCAGGAGUUCCAGCAGUUCGGUUCGGCCGAGCAUCGACUCUGCUCGGCCCAGUGUUGACUCCCGGAGAUGA